AUGGCCUUGGCUGACAUCCAGAUGAAACCGGAGGACUUUUUGGAAAAAAGCCAGCUGAAUGCUGGUGGUUUUGGAACAGUCUCAUUAUGCUACCACAAAAGUCAUGGGCUUGUAGUAUUAAAAACUGUGUAUACUGGACCUAAACGCACAGAAUGUAACACUUCCCUUCUAGAGGAAGGCAUGAUCAUGCACAAACUAAAUCACGAUCGGGUGGUAAAACUACUGGGUGUCAUCCUGGAAGAUGGAAACUACUCCCUUGUGAUUGAAUACAUACGCAAAGGAGACUUGAUGUCUGUUCUAAAAGCAACUCCUAUAUUUUUGCCUGUGAAAGGACGCUUUGUUCUGGAGACCAUUGAAGGAAUGCUUUACCUAACAGAACAAGGUUUAGUGCACAAGGAUCUGAAGCCAGAAAAUAUUCUUGUGGAUGAAGAUUUUCACAUCAAGAUAGCAGACCUUGGUGUGGCUUGUUUCAAAAACUGGAGCAGGCUGACUAAAGAAGAGACCAGUCGACAGAGGAAAAUCAAACAGAAUUCCAAGACUAACGCUGGCACCCUUUCCUACAUGGCCCCGGAACAUCUGCAGGACAUCAAUGCAGUGCCUGUGGAGAAAUCAGACGUGUACAGUUUUGGCAUCGUUUUAUGGGCCAUUUUUGCUGCCAAAGAACCUUAUGAGAAUGCUGUCACUGAUACACAACUGUGCUAUUGCAUCACAGCAGGAAACAGACCACCUAUCAGAGAGGUGGAAGACAGUUGUCCAAACGAGAUUAUUACUUUAAUGGAACGCUCUUGGCAGCAACAGCCAAAUGAUCGCCCAACCUUUGCAGAAAUAAAUUUGAUUUACAAACCGUAUUACUAUAAAAACUUUGAAGAGGAUGUGGAAGACCAUGUAAGAAAAUUAAAAGAAAUAUAUCCUGAACCAAUCGAACUUGUAAAACGGAUGGAAUCUCUCCAAGUGGAUGCUGUGUCAGAACCUCCCAGCAGAGCUCGAUCGGAUCAACCUGGUUCUUUGCACAGUUCUCAAGGUUUCACUGCUAACACCAUAGAUGAAAACAUGUUUGCGCCCUAUCCAGAAAAUGAACCGGUGGAAAGCUGCGAAAAUGCCCUUGAGCCUCCAGCAACCUUGCAAAGAAAAUUACAGGAUGAACUAAAUUACCAUUUAUACGGCAGCCGGAUGGAUAGGCCAGAAAAUCCUUCUGCCGCAUAUAGUGCCGAGAUGCAGGAAGAGGAGAGGAGGAGGAGGAGAAAAGUAUCCUACGACCCAUUUGCCAAAGCCGCAGCCACACCUCAGACACCAGAGCUUCACCCGAGAGCUCAAAACAUCGAAGCAAGUGUUAGUCACAACAAUAUCGUUACAGCUCACUCAGGUCACCCAUGGCACUCAACACCAUCAGGAGCAAGAGAUCCAAAUGGGUUUUUGGGGGCAGGAGCUCCACUUCCCAGAAGGGUACUAAGUGCAGAAGAUCUCUAUGGAGCACCCUCAGCCGCAAACUUUAAUUUCAAUAAACCACCAGUUCCAGAAUCCGGUGUGCACACUCAGGCCAAGCCAUUCAGUCCGUAUCACUAUUCCCAGAGCUUAAGCACAGAAACGGGUCCUGUGGAGUCGAUUCCCUUUAGGAAAUUCAACUUUGCACAUCCUAUUGGCAGAAUACCUACAGUUGCUAACAGGCACACCCAGCCAAUGCAAGGUAUAGCUAGAAAGCUAGCAACGACAAUCUUCCUCAAGGCUAGAGAGACAAUCUUUCUUGAGAAUGGCCAGGAACAGGAAGCUUGCUGGCUGACUUCCUAUCAGAGAAUUAAUGAGAAUUAAUAAACAACUGGAUGAAGAGGAACAAAACUAGAAGGGGGUGAGUAGAAUUAAUGGGAGUGUAAAAAAGAGCGGUGGGAAAUUUCAAGAAUAAAAGACAAUGUAGCUUACUAUUUAUGCCUUUUCCUGCUAUGCAUAGCUUUGCCUAUCCUGGAAUGAAAUAGCAUGAUGCCUCAAAGGCUUUUUUUUUUUUUAAAUUAUUCAGGUAAGAAGUGGAGCCAUUGAUACGUCCUUUAAAAAUAUGAGGAUUAUAAAUUAAGCUUUCAAAUAAGCUGUGAUUUCAAAUAUGCUGUGACGUGUUGGCAAACUAUUGGCAUACUGACUAUAUUAAACAACUCUGGUAAAAGAAAAACCCAAAGAUGAUUCUUUGAAUCUGCCCUUGAUGUUCAGGAGAAGAAAUUAUAUCAUUGUCAUUUUAUGCAAAAACACUGUUCUAAAUUUCAAAUAUCUAUUAACUUACAGUUUGGUAUUUAUUUAUUCCUUAUGCUUUUGUCUCUGUCUUUACACUUGUUUUUUUUUUCCCCUAAUAUUUCCUCAUAAUCAGAAGAACCGCCACAUUACAACAUAUAUAAUAGUACUGGAAUUCAAAUAGGCUCCUACAACUAUUUAGAAAUUAAAAAUCAAGAGAUUCGAGGGAACAGCCCUCCAGCAACUACUGAUUAUUCUGCAGAAGAACACCAGAAAA